AGUAACAGUCGCGACUAGACCAUCGGUGAUGGUCGAGGUUCAUCUUCACUUUAGAAUUGACUAUUGAUAUAUCAUGUGAUUUAUUUAUUUUUAUCAUUAAUAAAUCGGUUGUGGAGUUUAUGGAAAUCAGUGCCGAUAUCUGACGGUUUAUUAUAUUUUGUGGUUCAUUCGUCACCCCGUUUGAAGUCCCUCGAGCGAGUAAUUUUCACUUUUUUAUUUAAAAAAAUCUGAAAGAUUGUUACUCAUUGGGUGCUAAUGAAUUUUAUAUAACGCAACCACGUUUUCCUCGCUUUUCGAGCCUGCCAGCGGUACGGAAAUUAUGCUUCGAGUGUAUGGAUUUUGCUGCCAGAUUUUCAUGCCUAUAUUGAUGAAAAAGUACCGGGAGUGUGGAGAUGAGAGCCAGAAAAAUCGUUAGAACCGAGUGAAAUACAAGGAUAAGAAAAACUGAAAAUUUUUGGGCUAUUUUCGAGAAUGGGGCUGCAAGGAAGUAACUCACCGGCACAACGACACGAAGAUCGAUCAGACUGCGAUCAGAAGAGACGAAAUCUCGAAGCAGAGUCCAAUGAUCCCGAAAUGGACAGUAAUACGACAGAUGUGCACAUCCGAUUGCACAAUGAUAAUAACUUGUUUAGUAAUGAAAAAGAAAAAGCAGAAUUUUUUGUUAGAUAUCGUGGAAAAAGUUACGAAAUAAGUGAUUUACUUAAAAAGCAUCCCGGUGGUCGUGGUACACUCGGAUCAUUCAAAGGAUUAGCCUUGGACAAAAUUAUGACCGAGGUACCACAUUCGGAUGCCGCGUUACACCUUAUGGAGGAAUUUGUCGUCGAUAAUCAAAGGAAAUACGACGAUAUUGAGAACUUAAUUGAUUGGAACGAACCUGUACUCGGUCAAGUGGGAAAAAUAGCCGAUCGUUACUGGGAAUGGGUGAAUCUUCCAGUGAAUCGUUCAAUGCGCCUUUUCAAGUCAGACUUUAUGGAAAGUUUGACAAUCACACCGUGGUACAUGAUACCAAUUGUGUGGAUCCCAGCAUCGAUAUUAUUUUUGUUUCUGGGCAUCAAGACAAACAAUUCCGCAGACUUUCCUUAUGCGUUUCCCGCAGUACUGUUAUCAGUUGUUUUGGGUCUUUUCAAUUGGACUAUUUUAGAAUACGUUAUACAUCGAAAUCUCUUCCAUUUGAAGCCACCAGCAAAUUCGAGAACUCUAAUCACGCUGCACUUUGUUCUUCACGGAGUUCAUCAUAAAGCACCCUUUGACGAUCGAAGAUUAUUAUUUCCACCUGUUCCAGCCAUUUUAGUAGCUGCCAUAUUUUUCAAAAUAUACAGCGCAGUUUUACCAGAUGCAAUUGUAUAUUUGGUUGCAUCCGGCACCAUGACAGGAUACUUUUGUUACGACUUAAUGCAUUAUUAUUUACAUCACGGUAGUCCAAAAGCAGAAUCGUAUCUCUACGUCAUGAAGCGAUAUCACAACCAUCAUCAUUUUUCGCAUCACGACCAGGGAUUCGGGAUUAGUAGCCGCUUGUGGGAUUUCGUAUUCGGAUCAUUGAUAAAGUUGAAACAACUGAAGAAAGCGAUAGUUUGGUAAUAAAAUCAAAGAUCGUCACCAUUUAACUCUUAAUUACUCUUAACUUUAUUUUUUUCAAUGAACUAUAUUAAUCGCAUUACAAUAUUGAGAACGCCGUUAUUGUUUUUGAAUAUUCCAUACUGAUUAUUUUGUGAAUAAAAAAAAAAAAAAUCAA